CGAACCAUAAACCCUCGACAAUUCUGAAGUAUGGCUUCACACUGCUUUUACUGAUCUCUCUUCCCUCCUCGGUUCGAGCUCGAAAAAUUCGAUACAGGUUCACUCAAAAACCGCCAGAGUCAGAAGUAGAAUCAGCCGAGGGGAGAAACAAUGGCGGAGGCCAACAGCAACAACGAAGUCUCUCCCAACGUGACCAUCUACAUCAACAACCUCAACGAGAAAAUCAAAAUCGACGAGUUGAAGAAGUCGCUGAGGGCGGUGUUCUCGCAAUUCGGGGAGAUAUUGGACGUUUUGGCUUUCAAGACCCUGAAGCACAAGGGUCAAGCUUGGGUUGUUUUCAAGGAAGUCCAAUCCGCCACCAGUGCCCUAAGGCAAAUGCAGGACUUCCCCUUUUAUGACAAGCCCAUGAGAAUACAAUAUGCAAAGACAAAAUCAGACAUAAUUGCGAAGGCUGAUGGUACUUUUGUUCCUCGUGAAAAACGAAAGAGACAUGAGGAGAAAGGUAAAAAACGAAAGGAUCAACAUGAUGCUAACCAAGCUGGAGUUGGUGUGAAUCCUGCGUAUGCUGGUGCUUAUGGUGCUAUGCCUCCUCUAUCACAUGUACCAUACCCGGGAGGUGCAAAAGUUCCAGAAGCUCCAGCUCCGCCAAAUAACAUACUUUUUGUUCAGAAUCUUCCUCACGAGACCACUCCGAUGAUGUUGCAAAUGCUCUUUCUUCAAUACGCUGGUUUUAAGGAGGUAAGGAUGGUGGAAACAAAGCCGGGGAUCGCAUUCGUCGAGUACGGUGACGAGAUGCAAUCAACAGUCGCAAUGCAAGGGCUUCAAGGUUUCAAGUUAACCCCGCAAAACCCAAUGCUGAUCACUUAUGCAAAGAAAUAGAGGGCUGUCUUCUCACUGCUUCCAUUCGCGAUGAUGCAUCUUGUAAGAACCCACAAUGUAGUUCGGCUACUAAUCUAUCUUUAGGUUUUGUGAAGUACUGUUUGAUAGGAUGUCUAGCAUUCUUGUAUCAUUGUAGUUUUUUUCUCUCUUUCUUGUCAUUACUGCAUGAUUAUGAGGGAAAUUGGAUUCAAGUUAUGCGGAUCAAUCGUUUUGAGCU